AUGCCGAUCGACCGGCACGCGUCAUGGAGUCGUGCGCCGCUCAUACGUGUUGAUACACGUGAGAGCAAAAUGUCUUACAACCGUCGAAGUGGUGGUGGUGGUUAUGGAGCUGGAAAUAGUGGCAACUAUGGAAAUUCUUAUGGACAAAGCCCUAGCAAUAAUUUUAGUGGCUCUAACAAUUAUGGAAGUGGUGGAGUUGGUGGUGGCGGCGGCGGCGGCAGUGGAAAUUUCAAUGGAGGUGGCAGCAGCCGUUUCAAUAAUUUCAAUAGUUAUGGUAGAAACCCGAAGAUGAGUCCUUGGGAGUCAGGUGUAUCCCCGGGAGGUGGGAUGAUGCCAAAUGUUCAUCCCAAUCAAAUGGCUCUAGCUAAUGAUUUAUUAUCUAAGCUUUUAGCACCUAAUCAGGGUGGAUACGGAAGUAGCCAAAAUUGGGGUCCAAACCCUGGAAUGGUGAGAAGACAAGAAUCAUUUAAGAACCAAAACCGGCGCAGGCCUGAUAAUCGCAAUCGUAGACCUCCUCCAAAAAAGGACGAUAAGAAAAAGGAUUCUAAACCUGAAGCGGAUAAAAAUGAUAAGAGUAAUGAAACAAAUGGUGUCAAGAAAGAAACAACAGACCAAGAACAUGUGGAUUACGAUGGUAUUCCGACAGCUGUAUUAUUUUGCCAUGUUUGUCAAAAACACAUGUGGGAUGGAGCCUCUUUUGAGAAACACGUCCGCGGUCGUCCUCAUGAACUGAUGAUGACAUACUUGGAUGAAGGGUACAAAAUGCAAGUGGAGUUAAUGCGUCACCAGAUUAAAGCAGCUGAAAAUCAAAGAGAAAUCGACUUAGAACGUAUGCAAGCUCAAAAUAAAGGGAAAGCAAAACCAUUGUUCCGUAACUACUGUCCUAUGUGCAAUAUUAAUUUCUAUGGCCCUUUAACUGGACAUCGUAAAAGUGAUCGUCAUCGUAAAUUGAAACAAUUUCUUCAUCCAGAAUGCAAAAUGUGUGAUACGUUAUUCCAUACUCGUUUAGAAUGGGAUGAUCACAAAUUGUCUUCAGAUCAUUUACGCAAAGUUGGUGAACAGCGCCGUCAAUUUAAUCCAGAUCUUAAAGAUGAUGAAUUUGAAUUGCUUGAUGUGAUUGUGAUUGAAGAUGAUGUACAUUCAGAAGAAAUACCCGUAGCAUUAAAAUCAGAUAUGCUCGAUGAUCAAGAUAUGAAAGAUGAUGAAGAAGAAGAAGAUCAAGACAUUGAAAAGGAAUCUAAAGAUAAUGAGGUUUUAGACAAUAUCGUAGAUGGGGAGAAAGAAGAGAAUGAUAAUUCCAAAGAGGAAAAUGAUGUUUCUAAAGAAGAGAAUGAUGUUUCUGCAGUAGAGAAUGAUGUAUCCAAAGAAGCGAAUGAUAUUUCCGAAAUAGAGAAUGAUACUUCAAAAACAGAGAAUGAUACUUCAAAAACCGAGAAUAAUAAUUCCAAAGAAGAGAAUAACAUUGAUAAGGAACUCAAUGAUACUGCAGCUAAAGAAGAUACAUUGGUGAUUAAAAAAGAAAAAGAUGAAAAAUAUAAUCCUGCUAAUGUUGUUGGUCGUGAACUUGUAGUCAAAACUGGAGGAUAUGUAUGUCGUAUUUGUGCAAUGUUUAUGAAGAAUGAUGAAGAAGCAGAUUUACAUUGUCAAACUGCUUCACAUUAUAUUAACUUCACUACUAUCACAAAAUUGCAUGCUAAAAUCAAUAAUCGAAAGCGCAAAAUGAAAGAAGACAAGAAAGAUGAUGAUGAUAAAGAGGUAAAUCCAGAAGAUACCGAAAUUGAACAUCAGGAGAAAAAAGCUCGUUUGGAUGAAACUGAAAACGAUACACCAGCAGUUGAGCAAAAUGGCAUCGUUGAACCACAAUCUGAACCUAUGGACGACGACGAUGAUGUCCAGGAGAUACAAAGUGAUGUACCUAUUAUUGAAAUACCGGAUGAAGAGGUGAAAGCAAUUGACUCUGAAGAUUCGGUAGUUGCAGAUACUGUAGUUGCAGAUACUGAUGUUAAAACUUCUGAAGUUGUUGCUGAACCAGAAUCCGAACCAGUAAAAGAAGCUCCAGCUGUCAAAACUACUCCACCUCGUGGUGGUCGUGGUGGUGGACGUGGUCGAGGAGUGGCAAGAAGAGGUCGUUCAAGUCGCUAA